GCUCCCCAUAAACCUGGCGGCUUAGCCCACGUCCCGGGCAGAUGUUGGGACCGCUCUGCCUUGGGUGGGAAGAGAAGAGGAACGGCUCCUCUCCAGAGAGCGGGGACGAGGGAUCAGCACCCCUGGGCUUGAACUUUAGCACCCUCUUCUGCAGGAGUUUAAGGAAAAGAUCGUCGUGUCCCGAGCGAGCUGCUGGGAUAGCCGGGCAGGCUGAGGGCUGGCGGGGAGGAGAAGGCAGCUGCUCUCUCCAGCGAGGGUUUUUGAUGGGAUUCUGCAUGCAGAAAGAACAUCGAGGACACGCCGAGAAGCCAGGGAGUGUUUGCAGCGCUGGGGAGGCUUUCCGGGGCUGCCGUCGACUCGCCCUGCCCUGCAGAUGGGUUUGAUUGGAGCGGCGCGGGGCUUAUUUUCUUUUGACUGAAGACAACCCGGCCCCGGCGGAUCGAGUUCUUUGUGUGCUCGAGUGGUGCCUUCAUGGCAGCUGCCCCCGCAAAUCCGGCCUCAGGGAUUUCGGGGACCAUCCCCUAGGCUGAGAGACUCUCUCGGAGGAGGGAGAGACCUGUUUGGGUGCCUGUGAGGUGAUGCCGGGGCGGUAGCUCUCCCUGCAGGCAGCACGGCGUGCUCCGGGAUGGCUGUCUAUGCCCUCACAGGCUUCUCGCUGGUCAGCCUGCUCAGCUUUGGUUACUUAUCCUGGGACUGGAUGAAGCCCAGUUUGGUGGCUGAUGUGGCCACAGACCCCAUGGAGAAAUCGCUGCCUCCCACCUUCUCCAGGCCCCCCCACAUCAUCUUCAUUCUGACCGAUGACCAGGGCUACCACGACGUUGGGUAUCACGGCUCUGAUAUCCAGACGCCAACGCUGGACAGGCUGGCAGCUGAGGGUGUCAAGCUGGAGAACUACUACAUCCAGCCCAUCUGCACCCCCUCCCGCAGCCAGCUGAUCACUGGCAGGUACCAGAUCCACACGGGGCUGCAGCACUCCAUCAUCCGUCCUCGGCAGCCCAACUGCCUGCCCCUCGACCAGGUCACCUUGCCCCAGAAGCUGCAGGAGGCCGGCUACUCCACACACAUGGUGGGCAAGUGGCACCUCGGCUUCUACAAGAAGGAAUGCCUGCCCACCCGCCGGGGCUUUGACACCUUCCUGGGCUCCCUGACGGGCAACGUGGACUACUACACCUACGACAACUGCGACGGGCCGGGCGUCUGCGGCUACGACCUGCACGAAGGGGAGGACGUGGCCUGGGACCAGAGCGGGAAGUACUCCACAGUCCUCUACGCCCAGCGAGUCAGCAAGAUCCUGGCGUCCCGCAGCCCGAAGGAGCCCAUCUUCAUCUACGUGGCCUUCCAAGCGGUCCACACCCCGCUGCAGUCGCCCAAGGAGUACCUCUACCGCUACCGCUCCAUGGGCAACGUCGCCCGCCGCAAGUACGCCGCCAUGGUGACCUGCAUGGACGAGGCGGUGAAGAACAUCACCUGGGCCCUCAAGAAGUACGGCUACUACGACAACAGCGUCAUCGUGUUCUCCACCGACAACGGCGGCCAGACCUUCUCCGGGGGCAGCAACUGGCCGCUGCGGGGCCGCAAGGGCACGUACUGGGAAGGGGGAGUCCGUGGCAUCGGUUUCGUUCACAGUCCCCUGAUCAAGCGCAAGCGCAGGACCAGCUGGGCGCUGGUCCACAUCACGGACUGGUACCCGACUCUCGUCAGCCUGGCCAGGGGCAACCUGAGCAACGUGCCUGGCUUGGAUGGUUACAACGUCUGGCCUGCCAUCAGCGAGGGCAAGGAGUCGCCACGGACAGAAAUCCUGCACAACAUCGACCCCCUGUACAACCACGCCAAGUACGGCUCCUUGGAGGAUGGCUUCGGCAUCUGGAACACGGCCGUGCAAGCCUCCAUCAGGGUUGGGGAGUGGAAGCUCCUCACUGGUGACCCCGGGUACAGCGACUGGAUCCCUCCACAGACCCUGACCAACUUCCCAGGGAGCUGGUGGAACCUGGAGCGUCUCACCGACGGCCUGAAGAAGUCCGUGUGGCUCUUCAACAUCACCGCCGACCCCUACGAGCGCUACGACCUCUCGGACCAGCGCCCAGAUGUGGUCAAAAGCCUCCUGCUGAGGUUGGUGCACUACAACCGGACGGCCAUCCCUGUCAGGUACCCUGCAGAGAACCCCCGGGCUCACCCGGACUUCAACGGUGGUGCCUGGGGGCCUUGGGCCAGCGAGGACGAUGCGGAGGAGUGGGAAGGCAUUGGGGAACCCCUGAAGAGCAGGAACAAGAAGAAGAAGUGCAAGAUCUGCAAGCUGCGCUCCUUCUUCCGCAAGCUGAACACCAGGCUCAUGUCCAACCGCAUCUGAUGGGACUCUCCCAGCACUGACCCAGCUUGAGAAGGGUGGGGCUCCAGACAGCGGUGCCCUGGGGUGGGGCCAAGGGAGAGGGGCAGAGGGGGAGGUGGCCAGCAACCUCUUGCAUUCACUUGCCCCAGGGUUCACCCUAAAACACCUCCCCUCUCUGGCUGGACGGCUGGACACAGGGAGGUGGUGUCAACAGGUGAGGAAGGAGGAUGCAGGCUCAGCUGUGUGGCUCGGCAGUGGUGUAGAAGUCUGCUGGGCUGGGCUGACCUGCCCACAGCUCCUGCCAAAGAGAGGGACACUUUCCUCAAGGACUCUGCAGGCAAUCACAAGCUUUAAGCGUUGGCCGUGAAGUGGCUGGAGGAAGCGCAGGACC